AUGUUUAUUCAUAACAGGUAUCUACAGAUAAAUGCCGCUUCAUCAGAUCAGGCCAGGGCUUAUGCAGAAAACAUUCCAGCUUUUCUUCAUAACAAACCAAAGAAUGUUGUGGAAUUCUGUUUUAAAAGAUGGCGAGAAGCUGACGAAAUAAACCAUUCCAAUGUUGACGAAAUAAGUAGUGGUGUAUUCUUUGUAAAGAGUCAGACACAUCAAGAUAAAGUAUAUGAGGUCAAUAUCAAUGCAAACCAUGUAGGCUUACCAUCAUGUGACUGUCCUGACUGGAGGGAUAAUCAUCUUCCCUGUAAACAUUUUUUUGCAGUAUUUAACACUCAAACUGCUUGUAGUUCGGAAUCUCUUCCUGAGGAUUACAAAAACAAUCCGUUCAUCAAUCUCGACAUUGGCCAAUUCAACAACUGUUUGUCAGCUCAACCUGAAGAUGCAACAGAUGCAACAGAGGAAGACAGCAAUGAAAGUCAUCCACACAAGUCUCAACAAAUUAAUAUAUCUGCAAUCAAGAGACAGAGGAAUUUAGUAGGCAGUGCAUGUAGGCAAAUAACAGAUCUUGCAUAUCAUUGCCAGGACAUGGAUGUGCUUAGAAAAUUAUCAACACAAUUGGAAGUUAGUCUACAACUCUUGAAAGAUAAUGUUCCGAACAGCGGCCUGUUUGUACUUGAAGAAGGGGAUAUGCUUCAUAUAGGGUCAACAAAAGCAGCUAAGAAAUUAAAGAAUAAAUAUCUUCAAAAAAAGAAAUUGCUGAAACUACCAAGAAGGAAAAUGAGGAAACCUGCUGCUGGAAGACGUGGUCAGAUAGCAGCAAUGAGGAGAAAUCAGUUUACCACUAAAGGAGCUGAGGAACUGAUUUCUGAAAAUCAUGGCAAAGAUGUAACAAGAAAAAGUAAAGACAAGAAACAUCAGGCAGAUACCAUAUCUGAAGAAGUCCAGUCAGAAUGUUUGAUGGAAGACUUUUCAACAGGUAAAAGAUGA